GACAUGACGUCAGUACGUGCUUGAGCCUGCCCGAAAAUGCUCUCCCGUGUUGUUGGAUUUCGAAAGAGCGCAGGACUUUGCGAUGAAAUAAUACCUUUUUACCCGUGAGGAAAACCAAAAUAAACCGCAUGUUUUUAGGCUGAAGUUCUUCGCGUUCCCAUUAAGUGGCGAAACGGUGUUUUUUGGGGGACUCCGACGGGAAGUUUGUGUGAUCGUUUUUCGCGGAGUGAUGUCGAAUCCUGGGACUCGGAGGAACGGGUCCAGCAUCAAAAUCCGACUGACAGUAUUAUGUGCCAAGAACCUCGCAAAGAAAGACUUUUUUCGCCUGCCAGAUCCAUUUGCCAAGGUUGUGGUGGACGGAUCAGGUCAAUGCCACUCGACAGACACAGUCAAGAGCACACUGGACCCCAAAUGGAAUCAGCACUACGACCUCUACAUUGGAAAGACAGACUCCAUCACCAUCAGUAUAUGGAACCACAAGAAGAUCCAUAAACGACAAGGAGCGGGCUUCCUGGGCUGCAUACGACUGCUCUCCAACGCCAUCAGCAGGCUAAAAGACACAGGAUACCAGCGUCUAGAUCUAUGUAAGCUGAACCCCUCGGACAGUGACGCAGUGCGGGGGCAGAUCGUAGUGAGCUUACAGACGCGAGAUCGCAUCGGCAGCGGAGGUCCUGUGGUGGACUGUAGAGGACUGUUGGAGAACGAUGGGCCUGUGUUUGAGGGAUGCUUCAGUGAAGAGCCCCUGCCCUACUCGGACCCCACUGGUGCGGCGGGGGGCGGGAACUGUCGACUUGACUCACCCAGUCAGGAGGGCCGUCUUCAGACGCAGCGAAUCAGAGGGCAGGAUUCAAGAGGACAUGGCCACACCCCUCAGAACAGACCUCAUGGGCACCAACCGCCUGACCUGCCAGAGGGAUAUGAGCAACGGACAACAGUGCAGGGCCAGGUGUACUUCCUUCACACACAGACGGGCGUCAGCACCUGGCACGACCCUCGGAUACCGCGGGACCUGGCCAGUGUGAGUUGCGAGGAGCUUGGGCCGCUGCCAGUGGGCUGGGAGGUCCGAAGCACGGUGUCGGGCCGGAUCUACUUUGUGGACCACAACAACCGAACCACUCAGUUCACAGACCCGCGCCUACACACCAUUAUCAGCCAGCAGUCCCAAGCAAAGGAAUCUUCACAAGCCCCCCUGAUGGAUGUGGGGGGUGAGGAAGGAGUGGGUGGAGGAGUCGGCGGAGGAGAUGGAGAUGUGGCGGCGCGCUACGAGAGAGACUUGGUCCAUAAAUUAAAGCUGCUCCGCCAUGAGCUGUCCUUGCAGCAGCCUCAAGCCGGACACUGUCGCAUAGAGGUGUCCCGAGAGGAGAUCUUUGAGGAGUCAUAUCGGCAAAUAAUGAAGAUGAGGCCCAAAGACCUAAAGAAGCGUCUGAUGGUGAAGUUCAGGGGAGAGGAGGGCCUGGACUAUGGGGGCGUGGCCAGGGAGUGGCUGUACCUGCUGUGUCAUGAAAUGUUGAACCCCUAUUACGGCCUGUUCCAGUACUCCACAGACAAUAUCUACACACUACAGAUCAACCCCGACUCCUCCAUCAACCCUGACCACCUGUCAUAUUUCCACUUUGUGGGCCGUGUGAUGGGCCUGGCAGUUUUUCAUGGUCACUACAUCAACGGGAGCUUCACGCUGCCCUUCUACAAACAGCUGCUAGGCAAACCCAUCCAGCUCAACGACCUGGAGACCACUGACCCGGAGUUGCACAAGAGCCUCGUCUGGAUAUUAGAGAACGACAUCACUUCAGUUCUCGACCACACGUUCUGCGUGGAGCACAAUGCCUUUGGGAAGUUCUCACAACACGAACUCAAACCUAACGGCCGCAAUAUCCCCGUCACCGAGGACAACAAAAAAGAAUAUGUCAGGCUUUAUGUGAACUGGAGGUUUAUGCGGGGAAUUGAAGCCCAGUUUCUGGCUCUGCAGAAGGGAUUCAGUGAGCUCAUCCCCCAGCACCUCCUCAAACCUUUCGACCAUAAAGAACUUGAGUUGAUCAUCGGCGGACUGGGGAAGAUAGAUCUUGCAGACUGGAAGACGAACACGCGCCUGAAGCACUGCACAAGUGAAAGCAACGUGGUGCGGUGGUUCUGGCAGGCGGUGGAGGCCUUCAGCGAGGAGAGGAGAGGACGCCUCCUGCAGUUCGUCACUGGCUCCACCAGGGUGCCCUUACAAGGGUUCAAAGCGCUUCAGGGUUCUACAGGUUCUGCAGGACCAAGGCUCUUCACCAUCCAUUUGAUAGACGCCAACACGGACAACCUGCCCAAGGCUCAUACAUGUUUUAACCGAAUAGACAUCCCUCCCUACGAGUCUUACGAGAAACUCUACGAGAAACUGCUGACGGCCGUGGAGGAGACCUGCGGCUUCGCUGUGGAGUGAACCAACAUGCACACAGUCGCACUUGCACACAAACUAUUUGACUUUUUACAUAUAUAUAUAUAUAUAUAUAUAUAUAUAUAUAUAUAUAUAU